AGUUAUUCGUAUUUUAUUUUUUUAGAUAAUGCGAUGUGUCCCUGCUGUCUAGCAGUAUAAUUCUUAUACUCUUAGGCGAUGUGUUUUGCAAAUUACGCUUGCUUGUCAGACUAAUAUCUAUAGAGAAAAUAAUCGUUUUUAAUUAAUUUUGAGAUUAUUUGGUAAUGCAGAAAAUGUUAGGAUAUAUUUAAAAAGCGCAUUGACAAAAUCGGCAAAAUCAUAUAUGUUACAACCUCCUUAAUGUAAUGGAACGAAGGGAAAGACGGAGAUGUGUAUACGUUUCGGCUAGUCAAAAGAAAAAACUCAUUGAAUUGAUCACAAAACACCCUGAGUUGAUAUCGUGCAAAGUAAACCAAAAUUUUAAUUAUAAAGACUCACAAAAUAUAUGGCGUAGCAUAGCUAAUGAGUGUAAUGCUAUACCGGGAGCAAAGAAAACUUGGAUGCAGUGGAGGAAAACAUGGUAUGAUCUCCGUUGUAAUACUAAAAGGAGGCAAGCAGAAUCCAAUGGAGAAGUAACCACAUCUAAUAAUUUUCUAACCCAGGCUGAACAAGAAGCAUUAGGUAUUAAAAAUAUCAAUGAGGAGACUCAACUAGAAGAUAUGCAUGAAGAAAAUUUAAGUGAUAUAUCAGCUGCAUCAUUAAGUGAACCUGAAUCAUUACCAGAACAAAAAGUUAAUAUAACCACAGUGGAUGUAAACUUUCCCAAAAAAUUAAAACAUUCCUCAAAAAGUUCAGGCAGUUGUAACUUAAGUUGUGAUAUAAUAGCUGCACAGGAACAGAGAAAACUAGAGAUAAAAGAAGAUUAUUUGAGUUUUAAAAAGGAGUAUUUAAAACAGAAGUUAACAUUGAUGAAAGAACAAAAUGAAGCUCUUAAAAGUAUAGCAAAAGAACUCACAAAUAUGAAAUGAUUUUUUAUAAAUGCAACAAACAUUUUUAGUGCGAUAAUGGCUAUUGUAUUUUAUAAAAGAUAAAUAGACUACAGGGAUACAGUUGAAAGUGGAUAAGUGAGAAACCUCUAUAAGCGAAAGUAAUUGCUUGCUCCUGAUGUUUUUAGUCCCUAGAACCUAUUUAUUCACAUGUACAGUUGCAAUUUUUAUGUUUAUGAUGCAUUAUUUUAAUAUUCUAAAAUAAGCAAUUUUGCAUAGCAGAUGUACUUUUAAUGUUUUUAAAUAUUUCCAAGAUUUUUUUAUUACAAUGUUUGCGAGCGCACAUAAGGCAUUUAUUUUUAUUUUCAGUCGAGUUCAUUUUAUUAUUAUUGAUAAUUGCAAAUGUUUGACACUUCAAAAAGAUAUAUAUAUUUUUUUAAUUCAAAGAAUAGUGGCCGUAUUGUAAUAUAGGUCUUAUGACAGUGGAAACUCCUCAUUAUUUGCUGUAUGGUUUAUUAAAACUUUAUAAGUAAUAAUGACUAUUUAUGUACUUCUGUAAACUAGAAACUCAAGGUUGCGCGAAACAUCUAUAAUCAAGAAAAAUAUAGUAUUCCCUUGGACUUGAGCUUAUCUAGAUUCAACUGUAUAUCUUAUGUGUAUAUAAAAAAUAAGUGACAAUUUGCUUUGUAUGUUAUCUCUGUUUAAAACUUAUCUUGUACUCAGUUCUAUCUCACGGUAUGUAUAUAUCUUCUAUAUAUAAGAUUACAAGAACCUCAAUGUUAGAUAACAUACUUAUCCUUUAUAAAACAGCAAAUAUAAUUUGAUGUAUAGGCUACUU